AGUCUACCAUUUCAAUACCGACGCGCAUCCCGUGAAGCGGCUACAUAUCAAAUCUUAUGCCGACGCUCCGCGUAAAAGCACGCGACUUCAAUUAAGCGAAGUUUUGAAAAGAAAUGAAUUUUUUGGUGAUGAAAGUUGAAUGAGUGCCAUGUCGAUGAUUUUUUCGAGAGAUGAUGAUAGUAAAGAAGAUGAUGAUAUAUUUGCAAGCACAGUUACAGAUUUUUAUGUGAAUAUCCAAGAAAACUCCGAAAAAAUGAUUUCUAGCGAGUAUAUAAGUAAUAUACAUAGUUUGUUUCAAACCCACGCAGAGGACAACGAUAUCAUUCACAAAAACUCUAUAUUGGAAAUUAAAUCCAAAGAGGCGGUUUUAAUUUUCAAUUCUUCGAUUAAUACGACAGAAUCUGUUUUCAUCCCCGAAUUAUUCUACAGACAUUCAAUGGCAAUGACUACCGUAUACUGUAUAGCAUAUCUUUUAGUAUUUGCGUUAGGUUUAGUUGGUAAUUUCUUUGUAAUUGCCGUCGUUUUUCGUUCGCCUCGUAUGAGAACUGUUACGAACUUUUUUAUCGUAAAUUUAGCCGUUGCUGAUAUAUUGGUUAUCGUUUUUUGUUUGCCUGCUACACUGAUGUCCAACAUUUUUGUUCCUUGGAUACUUGGCUGGUUGAUGUGCAAGACUGUACCAUAUAUACAGGGUGUUUCUGUAGCCGCAUCAGUAUACAGCUUGGUUGCAGUUUCAUUAGACAGAUUUUUAGCAAUAUGGUGGCCGUUGAAGUGCCAAAUUACGAAACGUCGAGCAAGAAUCAUAAUUAUUUUCAUAUGGUUUGUAGCGUUAACAACGACAAUACCUUGGGCAAUAUUUUUCGACUUGGUGGUAAUUUUUAGUGAUGCUCCUAACGUCCAACUAUGCAUCGAAGUUUGGCCAGAAGAAAUGAACGGAUCUCUUUAUUUUUUAACGGCAAAUUUACUAUUUUGCUACAUUUUUCCAAUGAUACUCAUCACAAUGUGUUACGUCCUUAUCUAUAUUAAGGUAUGGAAAAGGGACAUUCCUACAGACACCAAAGAUGCUCAAAUGGAAAAAAUACAACAGAAAUCUAAAGUGAAAGUAGUAAAAAUGUUAGUAGCAGUUGUUAUACUAUUUGUGAUCUCUUGGCUACCGCUGUAUGCCAUCUUUGCCAGAAUAAAACUUGGAGGUGAAAUUGAACCGUGGGAAGAAGAGAUUUUGCCUAUUGUAACUCCGGUGGCGCAAUGGUUAGGAGCAUCUAAUUCUUGUAUCAAUCCUAUAUUAUACGCUUUCUUUAAUAAGAAGUAUCGAAAAGGAUUCGUUGCUAUUAUUAAAAGUAGAAAAUGUUGUGGUAGAUUGCGAUAUUAUGAAACAGUAGCGUUAAUGUCAUCAUCUACCAGCAUGAGAAAGUCCUCGCACUUUUACAACAACAAUUCGUCGACAAGGAAGAUACCACCCACGCAAGAUAAUGCAGUUUCGUAUAUUUAUAAUAAUACUGGGGUCUGAACCCUGAAACGGUCUACCCCCGUGUAAAAGGGCUUGGUUUAACUUGAGGAAACUUUGCUCACAUUUUCUCGAGAAACAAAACAAUUGGUCCACGUUCGACGAUAAGUCAGCGAGGUUGUUGUGAAAAAAAAUCGUUGUAAAGUAGAUGUAUUGAAAUUGUCGAAAGUAAGAAAAAAAAAUAAAAAUUUGUAGUUGUUAAGAAAACCAAGGCAGAAAUAAAUUGGUAAUAAUUGUAAGCUUGUGGCAGAAAUACGUAGAAAAUUCACUUUUAAAGAAUAAGAUAUCUUUUUAACUAUAUUAUGCAUCACCUAAAGCGUGUCUUAAAACUCGUUAUAAUCAUAAUUUCCAUCUUCUUUUCAUUAUAUGUACGAGAAUAAUUUAUUAAUCAAUCAACAGAGUAAAAUGAUAUCUAAUUUCACCAGACAACAAACAAAUUAUUAUGGAUAAUAUAAUGUGAUUCGUAAUUCCUAAUAGAAAAAAUAAAUAAGAAAGGUGAGAAAUAAAUUUACGAGUAUUGUUUUGAAAAAUUCAUGAAACUCCAUUUUUAUUAUCAGCACCAAGAAACAGGAUUUCUUGAACCGUUUCACAUGUGUCCUAUAUUCGGAGUCCAGAGUGUCUGUAAACAUUGCUGGUUACCAUCUUCCUUGUUAGCGCUUUUCAAUUGUUGCGAUAUCUUAAUGAAAGCGCUCUCCAUGCUUGUCACUUGAAGCGCCCACAUUUAGAUUGGAAUGUGAAAUGUGUAUUUUCAAAGACAUAUUAUAUCCAAUUUAUAAUAUACCUUUCGCAUAUUUUGAUGUCAAAAUAUUGAAGAGAUCUGUUUUUAUCCAAAAAGUUUUUACUAAGACAAACGCCAUCCUAUCUCCUAUUUCUUUUCCAGUUAAGAUGGUGAUGAAUGUUAAAUCUUUAAUUAAUUUCUUGACAUCUGGUCCAACAAAUACACCUUCCUUUUAGUUUUAGUUUCAAAAAUUUGAUCUUUAUCUUUGGCUUUUACAAAAUGUUUUAUUAGACCUAAUAUGAUAUUCAGAAGUGGUGAUAUUAUCUUUUCGGGGUUAACUAAGGGUUCAUUUUUCAAAAUUUUUUGCCCAGAAACGUAAACAUUUCUUUGUGGCGUUAUUGCUCUCACGUAAUGUUCAUUUUUACACUCGCCCAAAAAACAACAGUAUUUUGUGUAGUCAGUUUGUAAAACGAAAGCAACAAAUUUCAAAUCUGCACAGAUUAACCAUUGGUAUUUGCUGUGUUCUAUCUUCUCUGGCACUAGUUGUAUAAUAUCGUAAGUCUAUUUUAAAUGAGCUCCGUAAGCUGAAGGUAGUGAUGGAUAUUUCUGUUAUGGAAUCAAUGCAGAGUCUCCAUUCGUCUGAUCUAUGUUCAUGACACCAAGCCCUCAAUGUCAUUACAGUACACUAAAUCGUCCUCUUUAGAAUACACAACAUAUGAGCUGUGAUUCCCGUCUUAUUCAGAUUCAGUCUUCAACUCAACACUUCGGCUUUGUAUUUUGACAAAACUACAUAUAUCUCUUACGAAAUCGUUGAGCUCCAAUUGGUUAAUCAAAUGCGAUGCUUGAGGACUGACAGGUGCUGUAAUUUCUUUUUCUUCUUCCACUUCCAAAGAAGAUUUCGCAGAAAUAAUUGAUGAUAACUCUGAGCUACUCACAGAAUUUAACGGAAAAUUGACUGUUUGAUAAAAAAAAAUAUAUUUGAGACGCUACCAAGAAAAUGGACAACAGAUUUGGUUCGAGUAACUUCGAGCGUUGCCUAGUGUUAUUUCUGCUGCCUUUUCGCGUAGAUUCGUCGUCGAAUAGUAAAAAGCCAAUUAUUUGCUCAAAUCUAUCUCUGGACAUGGCGGCUGUAAAAAACGACUGACGUAAAGACCCUGUUCCUGGACCACUUUUCUCGGAUUGAUUCUAUUCUACAUCUCAGUACCUCAGCUUUGAUCAGAAUACCUAUAAAACUAUGUAAUACAACCUUCUCGAUUGGUAACCAAUGUUUUUGUUUGUUUGGACUUUUUUCAUUCCAGUUAAUAUAAUAUCUGAGAGCUCCACGUCAGAAUAGGAUUCAUGGAAUGUUAUGUGUGGUCAGAACUGCUGUACUGGGUGAAAACCUGGACCUUGAAAGCUCAAAUGAUCAAAAAACUUGGUGCAUUUGAGAUGUAGCUCUAUAGACAUAUCCUGAAGAUAUUCUGGACUGAUAGAAUCACCAACGACGAAGUACCAAGACGCAUUGGUUGUAAAAGAAAACUGUUGACAAUUAUUAAACAGAAAUCUAAACUUUCACGUCAGAAUAGGAUUCAUGGAAUGUUAUGUGUGGUCAGAACUGCUGUACUGGGUGGAAACCUGGACCUUGAAAGCUCAAAUGAUCAAAAAACUUGGUGCAUUUGAGAUGUAGCUCUAUAGACAUAUCCUGAAGAUAUUCUGGACUGAUAGAAUCACCAACGACAAAGUACUAAGACGCAUUGGUUGUAAAAGAAAACUGUUGACAAUUAUUAAACAGAAAUCUAAAAUUUCACGUCAGAAUAGGAUUCAUGGAAUGUUAUGUGUGGUCAGAACUGCUGUACUGGGUGGAAACCUGGACCUUGAAAGCUCAAAUGAUCAAAAAACUUGGUGCAUUUGAGAUGUGGCUCUAUAGACAUAUCCUGAAGAUAUUUUGGACAGAUAGAAUCACCAACGACGAAGUACUAAGACGCAUUGGUUGUAAAAGAAAGCUGUUGACAAUUCUUAAACAGAAAUCUAAACUUCCACGUCAGAAUAGGAUUCGUGGAAUGUUAGAGAGUGGCGAGAUAAUUAUUGUGACAUUCUUCAACCGCCCUUCUAUUUUCGACUAUAUAUUAGACAAUAAAUAAUAAAUAAUUCUCGUACUUGAAAAAAAUCGCUUAUAUUUUUAACGCUGUCAUUAUUUAGUUUCCUAUUUGGAUGUUAGAAUAAAUUAGAUAUAAAAAAGUACCUUUAAAAACAGUACCUCUGUCUAUACUUAUUAUGUGUUGUAAGGAUGUGUCAGAUUAAGAUAAGCGACUGUAUUUUUAAGUUUGAAAAUUAAAUACGCUUAAAAAGAAUCUAAUAGUUUUAAAACUGCCCUAAUAUAUGAAAAAUAUAAGUAUAAAUUAUGUAAGUCAUUUACAAAUGACACUGAUAAGUGAAUGGAAAUAAACGUGUGAUUAAA